AUGAAAUCCGCCAUUGCAUUCUGUGUGUUGUUCUUUGGCGCCAUGGCUCUGGCAAGACCUGAUGAUGACCACUACACCGACCGCUAUGACAACGUCGAUCUGGGCGAGAUCCUGAGUAAUAAUAAACUACUCAUACCCUACAUCAAGUGUAUGCUCGAUCAAGGCAAAUGCACGCCUGACGCUAAGGAACUGAAAGAUCACGUCAUUGAAGCAUUAGAGAACAACUGUGGCAAGUGUACUGAUAAACAGAAAGAGGGUACUAAACGCGUCCUCAGUCACAUGAUCAACAACGAGGAAGAAUAUUGGAACGAACUUACUGCCAAAUACGAUCCUGAAAACAAAUAUCGUACUAAGUACGAAAAGGAACUGCGUGAAGCCAAGGCUUAA